AAAGAACAGCCAACCAAAAGCAAAUGACUACGCGAAUCGCUCCCGGAGUUGGAGCGAACUUGCUUGGUCAACAUUCGGCUGAGAGGAACCAAGAUGCCACCGCUUACGUCGGCAAUCUCGAUCCUCAGGUGUCUGAGGAGUUAUUAUGGGAGUUAUUUGUACAAGCUGGUCCUGUUGUUAAUGUUUAUGUGCCAAAGGAUAGAGUGACAAACUUGCAUCAAGGGUAUGGAUUUGUAGAAUUCCGAAGCGAAGAAGAUGCUGACUAUGCGAUUAAGGUGCUUAACAUGAUUAAGCUUUAUGGCAAACCAAUACGAGUGAAUAAGGCAUCUCAAGAUAAAAAGAGCUUAGAUGUUGGUGCAAACCUUUUUAUAGGGAACCUUGACCCAGAUGUGGAUGAGAAACUUUUGUACGAUACUUUCAGUGCAUUUGGAGUAAUUGUUACAAAUCCCAAGAUAAUGAGAGAUCCUGAGUCAGGAAAUUCACGAGGUUUUGGAUUCAUCAGCUACGAUUCAUUUGAUGCAUCUGAUGCUGCUAUUGAGGCAAUGAGUGGCCAAUACCUCUGUAACCGUCAAAUAACGGUCUCUUAUGCAUAUAAGAAAGACACAAAAGGCGAACGCCAUGGCACCCCAGCAGAGAGGGUUUUGGCUGCAAGCAAUCCAAAUGCCCAGAAGAGCAGGCCCCAUACUUUAUUUGCAAGUGGACCUCCAACGCUCCCCUCUGGUCCCCAGGCCAAUGGUGCUAUAGGAGCACCAGUGCCUCCACGACCUUUUGCUAAUGGUACUGUUCCUCCAGGCCCGAUGCCAGUGGUUCGUCCUCCACCGCCUCAAAGUGUACCCUUCCCACCAAUGCAGCUUACGGGUCAAGCACCUUGGCAGGGUCAACCAGGUCAACCAAUUCCUCCCCCAAUCAUGCCUCCGCCUAUGCAGUUCAGACCACCUCCACCAAGCAUGCCACCACCACCUCCACAGACAGUGUCUGCUCUUUCAAGGCCUCCACCACCAAUGGGAAUGGAAGCACCACUUGUUUGGCCCCCACCACCACCACCACAGCAAAUGGGUGGAAGGCCCCCUAUGCCACAGAUGUCAAUGCCACCCCCUCCUCCACCGCCAUCUAUAAGUUGAAGAUCCAAAAAUCUAUUUUCUCUUCAUUCGCUAAUUGAAGUGCAUUUUUGUUUUUUUACGGUAAUACAAAUGAAAUGAAUUGUUAUCUAUUGAUGUGUGAAAAUAAUGAAUAUUAGACUUUCGGUGGGAUAUCUCCUUCCGCGUUUGCAUAUUCCUCACUUUUAACAUGUUAUGUCUUUGAAGAGUUGUGAGUGGGUGUGGUAGUCUCAAUUGAGGACCAAUAAGGACUGUCAAGUCGGUGAUUGAGAAGUUUCUUUGGUUUUUUAAACGAGAUGGAUUAAAAUGACCACUCCAAUUUUUUUUUUGAAGUAUGG